CGCUACAGGAGAGGAGAGAGAGGGAGAAGAGUGCGGCUGAAUGUGAACGACAUGUCGACAGUCAGCCUCUAAAGUGUUUUCUCGGUCGUUCCCUAAUUCUUUGGCGGCGGACUGAGUGAGUAUUACCCGCAUCCCUGCUCUGCUAAGCGUCGCUGUGUGGAUCAGAGAGGCUGGUGGGGAGAGACAGACAAUGGGGAAUGCAAUUGGAUUGCGUUACUCUGCCAAGGAUUUUCAUACAUAGCCUGUGCGGUGAAGGGCCGAUGCCGGGCUGUAGCCCCAGGCUGCUGAGCUGAGAGGGAGAAGCAGGAGGAUGCAGUGGGUCGCUCUAGCAGUGGCCCUGGGGUGUGUGUGUCUGUCCCGGGCAUCGCACACCCCCACCCCUACCCCCACCUCCACACACACCCCUCUAGUGGACAACUCCGAGGAGGAAGUGGACGAGCCGUGCUUCGAGCCGUGCACGUGCGAGGUCAAAGAAGGCGUGCUGCAUGUGCACUGCGAUGGGCGGAGCUUCACUAAUGUCAGCCAGGUGUCACAGUCUUGGGUCCGCCCUUUCAAACUCAACCUCCAGAGGAACUCUCUGAGGCGUCUCUAUAGCAACGGGUUUCAGCACCUUGGCAACGCAGUGUCGAUAAACCUUGGCAACAAUGCACUCCAGGACAUCCGAGUGGGAGCUUUCAACGGUUUGGCCAAACUGAGACGUCUGUACCUCCACGAGAACAAGCUGGAGGUCUUCAGAAAUGACACCUUUGCUGGUUUAGAGGCUCUGGAAUACCUCCAGGCCGACUACAAUGUGAUCAAACGAAUCGACAGUGGUGCUCUGAGAUUCCUCUACAAGCUCCGGGUUCUCAUCCUCAACGACAACCUGAUCCCUGUCUUGCCUGCUCAUCUGUUCAGAUCUGUGUCUCUGACUCAUCUGGACCUGCGGGGAAACCGUCUGAAGAGCCUGGCAUAUGCUGGGACCCUGGAGUACGUUGGUCGCUCCCUGAUGGAGCUGCAGCUGGAGGAGAAUCCCUGGAACUGUGGCUGCGAGGCAGUGCAGCUACAGCAAUGGCUGGGUCAGAUCCCCUACACGGCUGUAGUCGGGGACGUUACCUGUGAAUAUCCCUUCCACCUUCACGGCAAAGACUUGAGGGAAAUCCCUCGCAAGGAGCUGUGUGCCGACCUCCCAGAUAAAGAGCUACAAGCAGAGGGGGGUGGUCCAUCAGCAGGAUCACAGCCCCAACAUUUGCCCCCAAACUCUAAACCCAACUCCCACCCUGGGCGAGUCAGGCCAACUAAACCCUCCUCCAUGGUCCACGGAUCCCGCCAGAACACUCAUACUUCCUCCACUUCAUCGUCAUCUUCCUCAGCCGAGCGCAAAGACAGGGACAGGCACCCGAGGCCGACUAAAAGGCCUCGACCCUCCAGAAUAUCCCCUACACCUCGCAGCCUGAUGCCCAACCAGAAUCCCCCCGUGGCAGGCUACCAAACACGACCCCCCAUCCCCAUUAUUUGUCCCAUGGGCUGCACUUGCAAUCUGCACAUCACAGACCUGGGCCUGACUGUCAACUGCAAGGAGAACGCCUUCCUCAACGUGUCUCAGCUCACACCUCGGCCUCUGAACGGCCGCAAGCUGUACCUGAGUGGAAACUUAAUUCAGAGGAUCUACCGCACAGACUUCUGGAAUUUCUCCAGCCUUGACCUGCUUCACCUGGGGAACAACCGCAUCUCUUACCUCCAGGAGGGGGCCUUCUCCAGCCUAACAAGCCUAAGGAGCCUCUUCCUGAAUGGGAACAACUUAGAGAGACUCAGCCCGCACAUGUUCCUGGGGCUGCAGAAUCUAAGGUACCUUUAUUUUGAGUACAACGAGAUACGGGAGAUCGAUCCUGGUACCUUCGACUCCAUGCCGUCCCUCCAGCUGUUGUUCCUCAACGCCAACCUGCUGCGGAGCCUCCCUCUCGGAGUAUUUUCUGGAGUUAAUCUGGCUCGCCUCAAUCUGAGAAACAACCACCUUCUGCAGCUACCCAUGGUGGGUGUGCUGGAGCACCUCACCGGACUGGUGCAGGUGGACUUGCAGCAGAACCCGUGGGAGUGCAACUGUGAAGCAGCUCCACUGAAGCGUUGGCUGGAGGGUCUCAGCGCCGUGGUGGUGAUGGGAGAGGUGGUCUGCCAUUCCCCGGAAAAGACCAAAGGUGUAGACCUCCGCUCUCUCUCCAUGGAACUUCUCUGCCCUGAGCUGGAGCCCCAGGAGGGCCAGGAACAGGAGGAGCAGACAGCCACCUCCACAGCUGCAGACAGCGGUGUAUCGGUUGGCUACCCCGGCUCAGGGCUGGGGCCCCUGAUCCCUCCCGGGAAGGAUUCAAUCCCACUGUCGGUGUUAGUGCUCAGCCUGCUGGUGUUGUUUGUGUCGGCAUUCUUCGCGGCAGCGGCACUAAUCGCCUACGCCCUGAGGAGGAGGGACAAGCUGCCGUUCCGUCGCCAGGGAGAGGUAGACUUGGCUGGCAUCCAGAUGGAGUGUGGAAUCUUCACUGAGCAGACGCACCACCAUCACCACCACCAUCACCACGGCCUCCCAGAGACGCCACCUCUACCUCCGCCCGAACACAACCACGUCUAUGACACCAUCUUGCCCCCGGAGGCUGCGUCGAAAGGUCCCGACCCCGCCACAGCCUCGCACAUGUGUAGCAACCCCAUCUACAAAGAGGAGCAGGACGCAGCCGUGACACAGCGACCACAGCAGCAGCAGCAGCAGCAGCAGCAGCAGCAGACGUUUGCAGCUUCCAAAGAGAGCGAGGGAGGAUACUGCUCUGCAGCGGAUAAGGAGAGAGAGUGGACUCUGGAGGAAUCCUCAUCCCCCAUCAACACAGUUACAGGAGCAAUGGGACCGCUCGCCGGCCUCCACGGAAACGGCAUCCUCUGCCCCACAGUGAUCGACAGCCAGGGCCCCACCCCUAAGGUCGAACUGGUGGACUGCCUCUUCAGACUCCCUGCCCCUGAGUUCAGAGACCUGCCAGAUCGGUACGCAAGGCCGCCGCCCCGCUACCCUCAUCCCCAGGACUCUAAGCAGGAUGCCAGACCCGACCAAACGCUCGUGGUCACCACCGCCAGCUCCACAGCAGGCGGUAGCAACAGCAGCCAGAGCGAGCAGGGAGCAGGAGAGCAGAGAGCCAGACUGAGGACCACACCAGACUACAUGGAGGUGCUGGACCGCUCUUACCAGUUUUAACUCUCCUCCUUCUCUGCCUCCUCUUCCUGCUACCCCUUUUCUCUUGUCUCCUCAUCAUCUCCCUCUCUGGUGAUGAAUCAUCCAGUAACAAUGACUCCUGUACAGAGGCUGGCGUGGCUUUGAGAGGAGCCUGUGGGGGAGUGGGACUAUACUACACACUAUGUUUAUUCCUGGAUAACGAGCUGAGGUCAGUUUUUGUAUUUUCCCCACUACUGGCGUAUAGGUUGGUAUUUGGCAAGGAUUAGCUGAUCCCAGAUAUCUGCCUGGAGGCGAAACUUCAGCUGCAGCUACUACAGAAUUUUUCCCUCCAUUACACCUCACGAUCGUAAAGCACUGAGGCUCCGUUUUUUUUACUCAGAGCCACAAUGAGCGGGAGACAGCGCAGUGGUGGUGGUGGGCGUUAAUGUUCAUAUUAUCACUCUCAAAAGACCUGUGUGGAGGAGAAACACACCAGCUCUUUGCAACAUCAAACACAGAGUCAUAAACUGUGACAGCCGGAAGGUGUGGAGCGAGCUGGGCGGACAUGUAAGAUGGAGACAACGUGAGAGGGAGAGAAAUGACUGAAAACAGCCAAGUGCCUUAGCAAUGAACAGCCAGCAGUGUGGUCAAUGCUUAUUUUUCUAUGAAUACAGAUCUAUUUAUCUAAACAAAGAGGUUUGACUACCAACGGAUGGGACGCUGAUGGACGACUGAGACUGAAACCAAUCAAAGCCGCCGAAUAAUUGCAUUCCCUGGAUGAGCCAAAAAUAAUAAUAUACCCAAUCAAUAUUGGAGUUGUUUGUAUGCAGUUCAGUUCAUUUUCAUCUCAUCCAGUUAACUUAAUUUGCUUAUCCGGUUUGAAUUUUUUACAGGGCUAGAUGAGGGACAUAUCCAGGAAUAGUUGGUUUGCUGUGUGAAAUUCUAAAAAAGGUUCUGGUUUUAUGGAGAAAAGGAUACAGAAAUUAUUUUUCUUUAAUGCAAGACAAAACCAAGGAAGGCCGACAUACAGAAGGACAUUGUGGCAAUGGAUGCACUCUGGAUUUCUUAAUCAGCCAGACUUAAUGUGGCCACAAGGACCUCUGCUCCAUGUUUUCUUUCACUGGACAAAGGCGCAGAGGUUACUGUAUUUCUCAGAGGAAAAUUGAAUGGCAAAAAAAUGGACAAAAAACCAGGAUGCGAAGGCUUUUUUUUUUUUUUUGUCAAAAAAAAAGACAGACACUUCUAUCAACUAUCAAUUAUUAUCUUUUACGGAGGUACCUUUUUAUGCUUUCAUCUCCUACCAAUAGUAGAGGCAGUUGUGAAUAUAUUUAUUCUUAGUUUUUGCGUGUUGAAGCUCUCCUGUAAGGGAUCAUGUUAUAUUAAUGUAUAGGAUGAUUCUGCAUCUGGUUCAGCCUUCUUACCGCCGACCCACGAAAUACAAUAA